AUGUUCUCUUCGUUAUUACCAGAGCUAUCCUCACCCUACGAUCUUGAAGUAUUCGUACUGUGCCUUGGUGCAUUCCUUGCCAUAUUCGUUUAUUGGAAUCGUCGUCCGAAGCUUAAUGAACCUCCUCUAGUACCUUACAAGUAUCCGUUAAUAGGCCAUACUCUUGAGUAUCUGCGAGACCCCGAAGGCCUUCUGAAAAGAUGCCACAAACAGUAUGGAGACAUGUUUUCAUUGUACUUAUUUCGUGGAAUAUAUACUAUCGUCAGUAAUGACUUAGCAUACGAGAUGUUUAGAUCAACUAAUUUCAGUUUCAAGGAGGGGUUUGAGCUGAGAUUCCCGCUUGGUGACAUUAUCGGAGCAAAUGCAUACCCCAAUUAUUUUGACCAUGCAACCAUGUUACUCAAGGAUAGGUUUUACAAGCAUGUUGACGAUUGUUAUUCGCGUAUCUAUCGUGAAUUACAACAUGGUAUCGAUCAGUUAAUUGGUGACUGUGAGGAACCCAGGUUGAUUAACAACUUUGGCGAAAUUUCAACAAUCAUUAUCGCACGGGCAAUGGCAAAUCUCUUCGUUGGCGAAGAACUGUGCAAGGAUGACGAGAUCGUAAACAUGUUUGCGACAUUUGCUACUACUCUAACACGAGUCAGAAAACUUUCUUCAAUCGCGUACUUCAUUCAUCCUCGUCUCCAAACGGAAUACAUCAAAUUAGUCUUUAAAUUUGGAGACAAUUCACCGCAAAAGCAUAAGGACCUUUUGACAAAGAAGUUAAAGCCUAUUUUCGAGAAACGCUAUCAGGACAUGCAACAGUUUGGAAAUGAAUGGAAGCGUCCC